CUUUCUUUCAACACCUCGACCUCCACCCAUCUCAAUUCUUCUCACCACGACUUGGAUCAUCACGAUCUAACUCCUAAUUCAUUUAUUUCUUCUCUAUUCUUCAAUCACUCCUAACAAUUUUCAGCAAGAAUAACGACGACCAAGAUCGAGCUACGCGUUCAACUUUACCUUUCAACAGCAACAACAAACCGAGCUUCUAACUAAUAAACAUCAUCAAAAUGUCUGCCGCCGAAGAAGAUUUGAUCGAUUAUUCCGAUGAGGAGCUCGCAACAACAGAGGCACCGGCACCAGCUGCUGGCGCAAAUGGAGGUGUCAAGGGUGACUCGGGAAAUUUGACGGUGUCUGGAAAUGCAGCUGCGGCCAAGAAGGGCAGUUAUGUUGGUAUCCAUUCGACUGGUUUCCGCGAAUUUUUAUUGAAGCCGGAGCUUCUACGAGCCAUUUCCUGGUGCGGAUUCGAACAUCCUUCGGAGGGUUAGUCAUAACUUUCAUCCCUAAGCUCCAUCAUUGUCCUUCUCGCAGCGCGUCCGUCCAUCUCGCAAGCAAGAAUGAAUACUCUCUGGUCAAAGCUUCAGCAAGUCACGAGCGAUCCUGGAAUGUCUCUACCCGUCCGAUACAAGAUUCGGAGUGAUGGCAAACAAAUGCGUUAGGCGAGAAUCUCGAGAGAAAGCGGCGAUAUUAUUGCUGGCAAGAUUGUAGGAGAUACGUUUAAAGUGCAUGCCGAGAGACUUCCAGGAUCGACUCGGAAUCGACGCCUUCCUUAUUGUGUUUGUGUAAGGUUGACGAUCUGCGCCUUUAAAGGCAAAUAUCGGGCCUAUACUUCGAUCUGUGAAAUCUCGGUGUUGCGUUGUGGAUGUAUUUGCGUAGAUGGACGGACUUGCAAUCUCUUGCACCUGAUUAUAAAUUUGGUCACUUAAUCUAACUUCGGUCCGAUCACUACAGUUCAGCAAGUCUGUAUUCCCCAAGCGAUUCUUGGAACAGACGUCCUCUGCCAGGCCAAAUCUGGUCUCGGUAAAACCGCCGUUUUCGUCCUCACAACUCUACAACAAGUCGAGGUAGUCGCCGGUGAGACAUCCGUACUCGUGAUGUGCCACACUCGUGAAUUGGCCUACCAAAUUCGAAACGAAUACCAACGCUUCUGUCAUUUCAUGCCCGAUGUCAAGAUUGGUGUUUUUAUGGGGUGUUCCUAUUAGCAAGGAUGUUGAGGUAUUGAAGAAUCCAGAAACACAUCCGCACAUCAUCGUCGGUACUCCAGGUCGAUUGAACGCUCUCGUUCGAGACAAAUACUUGCGCCUCAACAGCGUCAAGGUUUUCGUUCUUGAUGAGUGUGACAAGAUGCUGGAUCAAAUUGGUAAGUCUGAUUACAAAGUCUCCAGGUGCAUAAUGUUGAUAUCGUUAUAGAUAUGCGUCGCGAUGUUCAGGAAAUCUUCAGAGCCACACCACCACAAAAACAAGUCAUGAUGUUUAGUGCCACUCUUUCGCAAGAGGUUCGACCUAUCUGCAAGAAGUUCAUGCAGAACCCUCUCGAGAUCUACAUUGAUAAUGAGACAAAGCUUACCCUUUAUGGUCUUCAACAAUAUUACAUCAAGUUAGAAGAAAGAGAGAAGAAUAGACGUCUUAAUGAAUUGCUAGAUGAGCUUUCCUUCAACCAGGUUAUCAUUUUCGUCAAGAGCACAGUCAGAGCCACUGAGCUUGACAAGCUCUUGCGCGAAUGUAACUUCCCAUCUGUUGCUAUCCACUCUGGUGUCAGCCAAGAGGAACGGUAUGUCUUAUAAUAUCAUGAAGAAUUGUGCAUUGCUAACACAUGAGUAGUAUCAAGCGUUUCAAUGACUUCAAGGAUUUCAACAAGCGUAUCUGUGUUGCUACCGAUGUGUUUGGUCGUGGUAUUGAUGUCAACAAGAUUAACUUGGCCAUCAACUACGAUCUUCCACCUGAUGCAGAUUCAUACCUUCAUCGUGUUGGUCGUGCUGGUCGUUUCGGAACCAAAGGUCUAGCCAUCUCAUUCGUCAGCAAUGAGGCAGACCAAGAGGUUCUGAAGGCUGUUGAGAAAAGAUUCGAGGUUGCACUUCCGUAAGUUAACCCCCUGCGCCUCCCCAUCUCGCUACUCAGGCCUCAUCAUACUUUACAUUUCCAAUGCUGACAAAUUAUAACAGAGAGUACCCCGAGGGAGGUGUCGAUUCCGCCGCGUACACCAAGACUGAUUAGGUCCUCGAUACCUUAACACCGGCCAAAAGAUAUUCUCUCCACUUUUUUCAUAUUUCGGCUAGCAGCACCGAUUGUUUGUUUGGGUCGUGUUAUUUUAAGAAGUCAUUGCAAUACGAGAAAAAUCAUGAUCUUUUUUUACGAAAUUCCUUUUUCGCCACUUGUUUAUUUGGAGGAAUUGAACUCUAUUCAUGGAAAUUAUGAGAUAAAUUGUGCCUGGAAGUUCAUAGCUAGAGUGGGCAAUGAUAUGAUGGGUUGUGGCUAAAGCAACGCAAUGGGAAAGAAAGCAAGUUAGCGCAAAAAUUAGGUGCAAUAGAAAAGUUUCCUUUGAUG